ACCGCGUCUAACAGUAAAUUUAAAAAAAUACAAUGAGAUUCGCAGUGUUAGCAUUUUGUUUAGCGCUUGUGGCUGUGACGGCAGUAGAAAGCGUACAAACCAACUGGCUCAGUCACCCACUUUACGAAUGCGUCAGAUGCUUGUGUCAUGCUAGAAGUGGAUGUUGGAUAAGACAAAAUUGUGCCAGAUACUCGAUUUCUUUGGACUACUGGACAAAAGCAGGUUCUCUUACUGUUUCACCAUAUGAAAGUUCAACAAGUCCAACAGCAUAUUCAAAUUGUAUGAAAGACGAAAACUGUAUUGUCGGUACUAUCAUUAAUUAUACCGGGCGUCUCGGAGAUAUGGAUUGCAAUUGCGACGGAGUUUUCGACUGUAAAGACAGAGCCGCCAUUCAUCUCAUGGGGGCUAGCUGCGCAAAUCCUUACUUUGGUGAUGUUUUUGCUAACAGAUUCAAUGAAUGUGCAAACAGGGUUGGAUCUAGGAACAUGUUGUCUCGAGAAGGAAAUAAUAUGUGUACUGCAUAAUAAACUCACCAAAAAACUAAUAUACUAUGUGUAUAAAUAUUGUUAAUAUUUUUUAUUCAUUGUGAUAACUGGCUGACUGAAAAAGUAAAAGAGCCUAAGGUGUCA